CUUUCCCUGAUAAAAGACUCGUCUCCCCACUGCAUCUGGUAGAUCUCAAAAACAGAUCAGGCUUAAUUUCCUCGACACGACCCACAUCUCUCAAGUCGAUUUCUUCUCUCCUGUCUCUUUUGCUUGAGGGCUCGAGGAAGUUCUCCUUGGCAGUACACGGGUCCAGCAAUUCGUUCGACGACGAGCCUAUCCUUCAGCGCUAAAAACCACCAUGGAUAAGUGCAAUCCCGACUACAAAGAUGCGCAAUGGGCAUAUUAUCGCUUCGAGCCGUCGGUCGCUGUCAACGUCCUCUUCAUUGUACUGUUCGGCAUCUCGAGCCUUCUGCACGGGUUCCAGAUAUGGAAGACAAAGACGUGGUAUCUCUCAGCCCUCGUUGCAGGCGGUGUCGCUGAAUUUAUCGGAUACAUCGGCCGACUGAUGGGCGCCAUGGAAGACCCAGGAUGCUGGACCAUGGGGCCGUACAUUAUGCAGAACCUGUUGAUCUUGAUCGCGCCGGCGUUCAUGGCCGCCUCCAUUUACAUGAUCCUGGGUCGUAUCAUCGAGCUUACUGAAGGCGAGCAAUACUCUCUGGUCAGGAAACAAUGGCUCACCAAGCUUUUUGUCAUGGGCGACGUGACGUCUCUGCUCUUCCAGUCAGCAGGUGGCGGUAUGAUGGCCGUCGCCAGCCUCAACAAAACCGGAGAGAAAGUCAUCGUCGGCGGCCUCUUCGUGCAGCUCAUCUUCUUCGGCGGCUUCAUCAUCGUCGCCGCCGUCUUCCACCGGCGCAUGGCGGCCGCCCCGACGGCGCGAGCCUCGGAGCCGUACGUGCGAUGGAAGCAGUACCUGACGACGCUGUACGUCACCGGCGUGCUGAUCCUGAUCCGAAGCAUCUUCCGCGUCGUCGAGUUCAUCCAGGGCAACCACGGCGCGCUGAUGCGCAGCGAGGCGUACGUGUUUGUGUUUGACGGGCUGUUGAUGCUGAUCGUGCUGGUGUGGAUGAACUGGUUCCACCCCAGCGAGAUUGGCCUGCUGCUGCGCGGAGACGAGCCCGUCAAGAACGGGUUGGAGCUGGUCAAGGUUGGACUCGGUGGGAGGCGCCGCUCGCAGACGAUGGAGAGUCUGUCUUCGGCAAAUGGGGCCUUCGUGACGCCGACGCGAAAUGCCGAGCCAUAAGGGCCUUUGUUUAGAUGGCAUUCAUAAAGAUGUUGGUGAUCUUUAUUGGUGAUGUGGGUGAAUUUCUUUACGGAGUUAGUUUCAUGUAUUUUUAAAUAGAAAAGAAAAUAGACCCAAGGAUAGAACAAAUUAUUUCAACCCUUAC